AUGCAGGUUCUUGAACUGGGUAUUCUAGUCCACUCCGUGAUUAUUGGAAUAUCGUUGGGCGCGUCCGAGAGCCCCUCAACAAUAAGGCCUCUUGUAGCCGCCCUCACAUUUCAUCAGUUAUUUGAGGGCAUGGGUCUUGGAGGAUGCAUAGUUCAGGCAAAAUUCAAAGUGAAGUCAAUGGCCAUGAUGAUCCUCUUCUUCUCCCUCACAACUCCCGUCGGCAUCGCCAUCGGCAUCGGAAUAGCUUCCAUCUACAACGAAAACAGUCCAACCGCGCUCAUAGUUGAAGGCAUCCUCAACUCUGCAGCUGCAGGAAUCCUUAUUUACAUGGCUCUUGUUGAUAUUCUAGCUGCUGAUUUCAUGAGCCCUAGAGUUCAAAGCAAGGGCUUGCUUCAAUUGAGCUUGAAUGUAUCUUUGCUUGUAGGAGCUGGCCUAAUGUCAAUGCUUGCCAAAUGGGCUUGAGAAGAGUUUUGAAACCCUUUGUGGGUUUUGUAGGAAAAGACAUGAAAUUUUUUUUUUGUUUAUUAUAAUUA